AUGUACCAGGUGGUCCCAGGAGGAGCGGGUGGGACAGACCUUGAUGCUCUUCCCAAGACGCCACUCCACAGAGCUUCCCGGCCGCUGGUGGGGGCGGGGCUUAUCGGGCUCUUCCUGGUGGUCUCCGCUGUUACGGCCUGGUGCUAUUACAUCGCCUCGCUGAGGAAGGCAGAGCUUCUGAAGACGCAGCUCCUCGACCUCAACAAAGAUGGUUACAUAAUCCGGAACCAAGGAGGUGCCAUAGUGUUCCACAUGCAGUUCAGAUCUGGGACUCUGGAUUUGGACUCGUGCUCUAAAGAAGGCCAGAUCCUCAGCUGCAGUCGGACCUCGGACCAGAGGAAACUCUUCUUCUUCAUCGAGACGGUGCGACCCAAAGACACGGUGCAGUGUUACCGCGUGCGCUGGGAGGAGACCGUCCCCGGCCAGCCGGUGGAGCAUGCUAUGACGUACGGCCUCGCACACUGGUACGGUGGCGCACUGUCAGCCACGCAGCACUGGCCCAUCCACGUGCUCGGACAGCAGGCGCCCAAGCCCUUUGUGACCAGUGACAUCUACGCUCACCGCAACAACUUUGGAGGAAUCCUGGAGAGUUACUGGUUGUCCUCAAAUGCCACAGCAAUCAAAAUAAACGGCUCUGUCCCAUUGCACUUGGGCUGGAAUGACACAGAGAAGACCAUGUCGUUUCAGGCGCGCUACAGCGACUCCCCUUUCAGGCCGAAUGGGGAAGCGAUCGCAGAGCUGAGCUACAGAGUGUGUGUGGGGCUUGAUGUGACCUCCAUCCACAAGUAUAUGGUGCGGCGCUACUUCAACAAACCUUAUAAGGUCCCGGCCAAAGUGAUGUUUGAGCACCCCCUGUGGUCAACCUGGGCACUUCACAAGACCCAGGUGACUCAGGAGAAGCUGCUAGCAUACGCGGCUAACAUCAAGCAGCACAACUUUAACUGCAGCCACCUGGAGCUGGACGACCGCUACACGCGGCGCUAUGGCGAGUUCGACUUUGACCCGGAGAAGUUCCCCAAUGCCAGCGCCAUGUUCGGGCAACUGAGGGCGCAGGGGUUCUUAGUGUCUCUGUGGACUCACCCCUUUGUGAACUAUGACUCGGGCAACUUCCACAUGUGCGUGCAGCGCGGCCUGCUGGUGCGCGAGCCCAUGGGGAAUCUGCCGGCGCUCGUGCAGUGGUGGAAUGGCAUCGGAGGCAUCCUGGACUUCACCAACACUGAGGCACGGGACUGGUUCUCCCAGCAGCUGAGGUCUCUGAGGACCCGCUACGGGGUCACCUCCUUCAAGUUUGACGCUGGAGAGACCAGUUAUCUCCCAUGGAAGUUCAGUACGAAGACUCCCAUCCACGACCCGAGUGUGUUCACCCGGCGCUACACAGAGAUGGCAAUCCCUUACAACGACCGAGCCGAGCUGAGGAGCGGGUACCAGUCCCAGAACGUAUCCUGCUUCUUCCGCCCCAUUGACCGUGACUCUGUGUGGGGCUACGAGCUCGGGCUGAAGUCGCUGAUCCCCACAGCUCUGACCAUCAGCAUUCUGGGAUAUCAGUUCAUCCUGCCAGACAUGAUCGGGGGUAAUGCUUACUUCAACCGCACGGACGGAGCCACACAGAAGGAGCGCGUGUUGCCAGAUCGGGAGCUGUAUAUCCGCUGGUUGGAGCUGUCUGCUUUCAUGCCAGCUAUGCAGUUCUCGGUGCCCCCGUGGGAGUACGACUCUGAAGUCGUGGAGAUUGCCCGAAAAUACACCGCAUUGCACCAGAGUCUGGUCGCUCCCAGAGUCCUGGAGUUGGCAUCAGAGGUGCUGGACACUGGAGACCCCAUCGUGCGACCGCUUUGGUGGAUUGCCACAGGAGACGAGACAGCCUAUAAGAUUGACUCACAGUUCCUAAUUGGAGACGACCUGAUGGUGGCGCCGGUCUUAGAACCAGGAAAACAGGAGCGGGACAUCUACCUCCCGGCGGGACGCUGGAGGAGCUACAAGGGGGAAAGGUUCGACAUUAAAGAACCUCUGCACCUUACGGACUACCCCAUAGAUUUGGACGAGAUUGCCUACUUCCUCUGGGGGUAA